AUGAAGAGCUCCCAGCCAUCGUCUGAUGCCGGGAGCUUUGAGCAUACUUUACUUGAUUUUGACAGGCUGGUGUGGCAGCUGGUGGUGCAGCUCCACCGGCUGGUGGACGAAGGUGUCCUCGAAAAGGACUUUGCAGUUCUGAGCACCUUCUCGCGUGAUGUCGCGGCCCUCCGUGCUCUGGUCAGUCGCCCUUUCCGGCUCACGGCCUUCGCGCGGCUCUCGCGGCUCUGCAAGGAGCCGGAGGGGGGUAAGUCCCAAGUCCCUGGAGGCCUCUCCCUGGAGCUCUCGGAGAGCCGCUUCGCUUCGACGGCGGCGAGGCUCUGCCGCCUGGCCCGCGACAUCGGCCCCGAGAGGGAGGUAAUGCAAACCUCCCUGAUCCGCUUGAUGGCUGCGGUGGCUCGCUGGUCUGUGGAAGGGAGCAUGGAGGUCGAGGAAGCGGUGCGGGUGCUGCGAGAGGGGCUCGAAGCCCUGGCCGCCCUGCGCCGUGGCGUCUCAUCGAUUCAGAUCCAAUCCGAGCUCGGCGGCGCUCUGCCAGUGCUCGUGCGCUUCGUGUCGAGGUGCGGCCCCUCCCUCGGCCCGGCUCUGGCGGAUCUUCUGGAAUUGGUGUUGCUUGAGCACAGCGCCGCGCUGCUGCUCCCGCAGCUUCCAUCUGUGAUGUCCCUGUUGCUGAUGGCAACCGAGAAGGGCUCCUGGAGCCUUCGGCCCCUGGCUCUGGCGCUCCGGCGCUUCGGGGAGGCGCCGCUGCGCUGCCCGCCAGGCUUCAAUGCUGCUUGGCUUGAAGCCUCUGCACUGGCAGACGCAGAGUCCGCUGCCCUGCUUGCGGAAAUGCUGCCGGCCCUCCGUGCCGCUGAUGUGGUCCCCUCAACAGAUAAGUGGGCCGCCUUGGUGCCCGGCGCUUCGAAGGCUCCGCCGAGUGUGUCCUCGCCGUUUGCAGAGGUGCACCUGAUGGUCAGGGCUAGCGAAUUCCAGGACUCGGAAAAGGCACUGUUCCUGAAAGAGCUGCUCUCGAAAAGUACAGGCGCGGACUCCUCGCGCUGGCGUCUGCUGCUCCGGGCGCUGGAGAACUUCGGCGAGGUGGAACUACUGCAGGAGCUGCUGCUGUCAUCAGGGCCCCUUCCGCCGCCGCAGCGAGCGGCUUUGUGGCUGAGCCUCGCGCGAUCGCUGCGCCGGAGUCUGAACCGACAGCCGGAAGAGGCGAAACGCUUUCAGCGAAGUCGGCUCGUCCGAGCCAUGGGCGACGAGGCCGCAGCUUCGGCAUCCACGCAGUGGGCGUCCCUUGCCUCUGCUCUCAGCGCCCUGAUCGCUUUUGCGGUGCUCGGGGGCGACGAGGGUGGCGAGGAGGAGAUGCCUAUGCUGGAUCCGGUGUUCCAAGUCAGCACAAGGGUGAAGUCUGUGGCAGCGCUGCCAACACCCUUGGAAUCGGCACCCAAUCCUCUUCGCCGCCGACCUGUCUUCGGUCGCACUCGGGCACGGCCAGUGGCAGAGGCUCCGAGAGAAGUUCUUCUCCUCUGCGCCUUCUGCAACACGACGGAAUCCGCAGAGAGCCUUCGAGGCAGCAGCCCCUGCUGCCCACGCUGCGGAGCGGAAUUGCUGUCGGCGGACCUGUCCCUGCCGCAUUUCCAGUCUCUGCGUCGUCCUGCAGCCAAGCGCGGGCGGUGGCUGCGCCAGCCGCAGGACUUCAUGAGUCUGAUAGUGAAGCUGCGGGCACGGCUGGUCUCUUCGGCCCCUGCCACAGCGCUGGGCUUGCUGGAGCCGGGUGACUCCCAGCCGUCACUGGGGCGGCCAAGCGCGGAGGUGUCGUCCCUCCUGAGCACGGCCGUGCUUUGCCUUUGCUUGGGUUGCUCCAAGCUGGGCCUUUCCACUUUGGCCAAGGAGCUUGCGACUUUCUUCCCUCAAGACCUGGAUGCACCGAGGAUACCGGCGAGCUGGGAGGCCCCGGAGCCGCUCGGGGCUCUGCUGCGCUGUGCGGACUUCCGAGCCGCCCUGAGCGGCGAGUCUGCCACACCGUUGGCGAAGCGCCGUCGCGGCGAGGCCACCGCUCCACCGCAGCCUCUUCAGAUCGUGGCUUUGAGCUCCCAGCAGUUGACGAAGAUGGUCGACGAAGCGUGCAACUUUGCCACCUUCUCUGCUGGAGGUGUAAGUUCAAGCGCCAGCUCAAGCCUACAACGGCUCCUCAGCAUUUGCAUGCUGGCCUCUUCGUGCGCAGACGAUGUCUUCUUGACCGUGGACCGGAACUUGUACCUCAACCUGCUUGAACGCUACUCGCGGAGCGCUCGGGCCGCCAGCCUCUGUCAGCUGCUCCUCACCGGUACUUUGAAGUCGAAGAUGCGGCUGUUGUUGCCAAAGCUUCUGCCCGUCAUGGUUCUCCAUGAGAAUGUCGACAGCCUUCGGCCUCUGUGCAAGAUCUUGGACGAGGAAUCCCUACCCUCCGUCUUCACGCCGAAUCUCCCCUUCGUCCUCUUCGAGAUCGCUUCGCUCCCCGCCAACCGGGCCGAAGGCGCUUUGUCCUUCCUCGUCAGCGGCAUCUACAAAGGAUCCGUGAGCGCGGAGAGUUUGAGCGCCGCGUUUUUGGGGAAGGCCCUGGUUCUCCUCCUCUGGGACUCAGCGAGGCCGAGUGACCAGCGACAGGAACGCCUUCGCCGUACUCUGGCCGCGCUGACAAACAUCUCGCAGGCUUUGCAGGCUCUACAGGCCCGGCUGGGCCCUGGAAGCGCAGUUCAGGACCGGAAACGCCCAGAGCCCUCGCUGGAGCGGAGUGCCAAAAAGCGGAAAGCAGGCGAGAAGGAGACGAAGGUGAUCGACAUAGCCGGAGAUGGAGGGACCCAUGCAGAAGUGCUGCAAAUCCUGGAGCGCCACUUCCUGCAUGUCCUGGACAUCCUGGGCAUCCUGCUCGACCCGCGCUCCCCCAAAUGGCAGGAGUACUGCGAGCUGCUCUCGGACCCCUUUGCACGCGUCAGCGGAGAGCCUCAAGAGGAAGCGACCCGUCCGGACAUGGCGCGAUUCUGCCGAAUGGUCUCGCUCCUCUUGGAGCUGCCGGGGGAUCAGCUCCAGCGCUUCGCUCCCAAAGUCUUCGAGCUCCUGCAGAAAGCCACGGCGCGGUCCUCGCAGCAUCCGGAGAGCGUCGACUGCUGGCGCCACUACGUGGCCGCUGUGGGCGUGGCGAGGCUGAAGCCCCUGCUUCCUGCAGUCAUUUCGGAGCUGCUGCGGCUGGGGGCGCAGCUGAAAGAGAAGGCGGCUCGUUCAUUCGAGGUGUUAGGCCAGGAAGUGUUGUCCCCUCUGAUCGUGGAGACUUGCCGCAGCGCAGGAGAGGUGAUAGCUUCUCUUCCAGAGCUUCCUGCCUGGGAAUCCCUGCGAACGGCCAAGGCAGCAGUAGACAAGGCCCGGGCGCCCGACGACGCGAAAGGCUCCGCCCUCCGACUCGAGCGCUGCAUCCAUCAGCUCCAGGCAGCGACGCAGCAGGUGGUUCGGCGUUCGGCGCUGGAGAGCCUGCACGGCAUCAUUCAGGAGCAGCGCCAGGCGCCCUGCGCGGCCGAGCUGCCAAAGCCAGCGUUGGCCCGGCUCCUGCGGGCCUUGCUGAAGUUUCUCUGGGAAUCGUCAUCUUCACCAGAUGAUCAGCUCCUUUGCGGACAACUCCUGGGCUCCUUGGGCGCCAUCGACCCGGCCCGGCUGUCUGGCCAGGUGCUGGUGGAGCGGCAUAGCACGGUGACGGACAGUCGAUCACCCAAAGGUGACCUUGACCUGGCCAAGACCGUACUGGAAGAGUUCCUCGCUCCGAACCUCACCAGCAACAACUACGCCUUCGCUGCGCAGGAGAUCUUCCGCUACUUGAAGCCCGGUGGGAAAGACCAGCAGCUCUUGCUGAAGCUGGAGCGCGAGGAUGUUCGGGAGACCCUGCGCCCUUACAUGAGCAGCUCCUACGAGCGCGUGAGUGCCACAGCAAGGGCGGCGAGCCAGGGCCCUGCGACCUUCGAAGAUGCGCUGGUGGCUGCUUCCGGCCUUCUGCCGGCUGAGCGGCGGGCUUUCUUCGAGGCCUGCUUGCCUGCCAUACCCGGCAACCAUGCGCUAACCCUGUUUCUCAUGCACCAGGUGCUUCCGGACCUUCUGGCGGGCCCCAAAACCGAUGAGGCGGAGCUGUCGGCUUUGGCCAUGCGGCUCAGCGGGCUGCUGAGGCUGGAGGAAGGUGUUCGGCUGGAGCCCAGACACUCAGCCACGGCGCAAGCGGUGUUUUCGCUGCUGGACGAUCUGUACCAGCGUCAGGAAGAGGUCAAGCAAACUCCGGUAACACGGAAUGGUGACGAGAUGUGGAAGAAUCGGCAGAUGCAGCGGAUAGAGCUGCUACUGACUCCUUUCGCGCCCCGCCUGGUGGUCAGCGCGGCCAUCCGCUGCGGCGCGCAUGCCCGCGCCCUGCAAUUCUUGGAGGAGGAUCUCAUCGACCAGGCCCUGCAGCGGCAGCAGAACAUCUUCGACACCGAGGGGCCGCGCAUCUCGGAGGCAGACUGCGAGCUGCUCCAGAAGAUCUACAGCGAGCUGGGCGACUCCGAUGGUGUGGUCGGAGUUCUGCGGGUCGGCCCUGCUAGUGCCAGGACACGUCGCCCCGAACUGGAACUUCAAGGGCGCUGGGCCGAUGUCCAGGCUUGCUACGAGUUGGCCACGGGCCCCGGCUCGGGCCCCGAGCGAGGGCCGGCGCUGUGUGGCCUCGUGCGCUGUACGCAGGCGAUGCGCCGUUACGAAAGCUCGUUGCAGCUUAUCACUGGCAUCCGGCAGGAACAGCCCGAACUAGCGCAAACGCUGCGGCCUCACGCUGUCGAGGCUGCCUGGCAGCUGGGAAGCUGGGAUCGCCUGACGGAAGUCCUCCAGGAGCCCUCGCCAGAAGGGCCGUGCGACUUCCAGGUGAAGCUGGGCAGGGCGGUGCUGGCAGUGCAUGAGAGGGACUCUGCAACGCUGUCCACAACACUUCGCGAAACAACGCUGGAGGUGGCUCGCGCCGCGUCCGCGGCGGCCCGGGAGUCCUACACACGGGCCUACCAGCACCUCCUGCGCCUGCACGUGCUCUCCGAUAUCGACUGGGUAAGCAAGUACCGGGAGGGCCCCAAUUCGAAGCCUGGACACGUCGCCAAGAAUCUUCUCGCCCGCUGCGAUAUCACGACGCCCUCGUUCUCUGUGCGGCAGACACUCCUGAGACCCCUCAGCGUUCUCCUCCAGGACCUGAAGCUGAAGGAGGAUGCGAAAACACUGGAGUUGGCCUUCGCUCGCCUCUGCCGGAAGCACAAGGAGCACAUCUCCAUGGAGCAUCCCGACACCAGUUUUCAAGGAACCUCGGAAGGGCUGCGGCGAGCUGCCCAGAUUGAGUGGGGCAAGAUCCUCUAUGCCAGCGGGGCCCGCACUGAUGCCCUUCGCCACACGCGACUUUGGGCGCAGCACGAUGCGAAAGCUCGGUUGUUGGGGACUCGUUGGGCCUCGGAUGCCCUGCUGUUGCUCCCCAAGGUCGCCGAGGUGGAGUUCCAGGAGGCUAAGGAGCAGCUUCGGGACUCGGAGGCCGCGUACUUCUACCACGCCUCAUAUCUCGACGGUCUGCUGAAGGGGCAGAUCAGCGAAGCCGAAGCCAAAGCGCCCCGAAACGAGAAUUGCCCUUUCGAUCGCAAGAACCUGGUGACCUUCACGAUUCGCGGAUACCUCCAGGCGCUGCAGAGAGGAACAAAGCGAGUCCACUUUAUUCUCAACCGCGUCCUGCAGCUCGCUUGGGAGUGCUGCGAGGUGGACUUCUACAAGGGCGACGUGAACUCAGAGCUCGCAAGCGAGGGGAGACGGCUGAUGCCAUGGAUGUGGUACACCGUGUUGUCCCAGCUCAUCAGCCGUGCGCUUCAUCCAGACAUGCGGCAGGUCUUCCGAGAGAUCAUCAAGUCCGUCGUGGUGUCCUUCCCGGACCCGGCGGGUUGGCAUCUGAUGCAGCUCCUGAAGUCUGAUGACAAAGUCCACCAGCAGCUUGGGAAGGAGCUGCGAUGUUGUCCCGAAGAGUACCCGAGUAUCCAAAACCCUGAGCCUCAAAAACUUCCACUGUAA